UUAAAGUAAUAUAAGUUUUAAAAACUUCUAAUCGUCAACAUUGAUCAUUUACAUGUUGUAAAUCAAUAUAUAAAAAAUACAACAUUAGACAAAAUUCAAAAUGGCGAAAGUAAGACGAGGUCGUUUUACUCUUUCAACCAAUAUUAUUAUGACAGCAUCAUUAAUCACUAGGACUCUGGCUUUCGGAUACAUAAUGAUGUCAAUCUACAUCAAAGUUGGCGAUGAUAUUCUUGAUGAAGACGUCAUUAAAGUUGUGGAUAUGGAAGAUGUAGCCGGCAUGCCUCUUGGAACCACAAUAAAAUCCAUAGUGUGGUCCUUGAUUGGGGUUUUUGUUCUCGAACUUAUUACUGGAAUAUUUGGUAUAUGGGGAGCUAUUGGACGAAGUCAGCGGAUGCUGGCGAUAACAGUUUUGAUGAGUUCAUUGAUGAUUAUAAUAUACAGUAUAUACUUAGUGAUUCUUGCUAUAGUAUACCAUCAGAAGUCAAGCCUACGUGAUACAUUGUACACUUAUACGCAAGCUUAUCACCAAGGAACGAAUUUUAUGUCAAGCACAUACUAUUAUGAUACUUUUCCAAGCUUUUUAUCUAAGUUGGGAUGUGAACAAAUAUACACGUCUGGUGUUUAUUACUGCUAUGAAAACUAUAAUGAACAACUAAGUAGUUACCUGAAGACCUAUUUUGGUUUGAUCGUAACAUCUAUCGUGUGUCAGAUAGUAACUAUAGUUGCAGUAGAAUAUACAUACAGGAAGUUUGAGUUUAAGGAAAAGAAACCGAGAAUUUCAGACAACAAGUACUAUUUACUGUUAACGUUACAGCAUGGAAUAUUUCGAAGUUUUGCCAUAUUUGUUAGAGAUAACUGGAAAAGGUCUAAAUUGAUGUUUAUAUCAGUAAGCUUCAAGAUUUGUUCACUUGUAAUUGGAACCGGACUACUAGGGCUUGGACUAACUCUGAUUGGAGAUAAAUUCAUAAAUAAUUCAGCAUUACGAUAUAUAUUUAGACAAAUACAAUUCCACAAUUAUUAUUUCUAUGACAUUCUGGUGGGUUUAGCUGCUUCAGCUGUAGCGAUUGGCAUUUUAACGAUGGUUACAUCUAUAACUGGUUUAAUUGGUUCAUGGAGAAAGUCAUCAAAACUAUUGAUCACGAGUUCUGUUAUGUCGAAUAUUUUACACAUUCCUAGAAUCAUUGCUAUAAUCAUAUGGAUUUAUCUAGUAGAAGAGAUUGACGAUGGUAUGAAAUAUCAACUCGAUGUACAACAGCAAGGUUACUACUACGGCAGCGGUAGCCAGAAUACACUCACAAGAAAUUGGAAUGAAAUGAUAAUGACAUUACAGUGCUGUGGAGUAAAUUAUUAUUACGAAACUUGGUCCAGAACGUAUGGAAAUAGAUUUUGUUGUACAAAUGCUCAUGAAAGUCGUAUGGAUCCAGGAAGCCAUUAUAGCAAUACUGAUACUAAUAUUUUGUCUCAUUUUGGUGGAUGUUAUGAGCACAAAACAGAUGUAAGUUUAGAAAUGAAAGUAGUUUGA